AUGCGUGACGCUGCGGAGCUUUCCAUUGUCUGUCUUGGGACAGGCAAGGGCGCCUCGAUGGUGUACGACGGGGGCUGCAGCCCUGGCUACGUGCUUUGCAGCGAUGGCCGCCCGCUUGUGCUCUUCGGCGCUGGCUAUGGCGUGACGAGGCAGUGCCUCCGCUACUUUGGCGCCAUUCCUGAGAGCAUUUUUGUAUUUUCAAACCGUUCGCACAUGUCUGCCGAGCUCCCUGUCAUCAUUGCGGUGGAGAGCCAUAAAGGGAGGCGCCUCCACAUUGUGGCUUCCGUGGAUGUGGUGCACCGCCUCCGCGAGCAUCGGCUGGCGGAGGUGCGCUCAAGAAUAGACUUCAGCGCACCUGACGAGAACAGCGUGUGCAAGUUUGUGGCGCUGCGGGACACCACCUGCCCGCCUGCUGCGCACCCGUCUCCGUACUACUUACCCGGUACCUCCGAAAUUUCCCUCGUCGCGUUCGACACACCAGCAACGGAGGCUUCUUGUGGCGUUGUUGUGCUGCACCAUGGCGUUCCAAUGGUGGUACUGACAGGUGAUUGCGCCUACAAUGCAGAGCGGCACCAAAAGAUUCUCCGCAUGGCUCCUGUUGUGAUUCUCGACGCACGGAAAAAGUCUUCCCUUGAUCACGCUGGUUUCGCCGAUAUUAUUAGCGCUGUGGAGAAUUGUGGUGGCGUUCCCUCGAGGGUCUUCAUUGGGCAGUACGGUCAGCCGUGGGAGGCGCCGCCGGUGCUGCGGGACAUUGCAGUCGCCCCCAUUGUGGAGGGUGCUGUUGUGGUGCUAGGGGAACAUCCCUCUCUCGCGGACGCGGAGGACGCAUUGCGUUCCAUUUCGUAUCGUUCUCACCGUAGCAAUGCCGAAGUGCCAUCGGAGUGCCGUCCAACAAAAGUGUUCGUGAUUAACAACGACUCUCCUGAUCUCCCACCGGCCCUCGUGAUGGCCCAACACUUCCGCACAAUGGCUCAAGUUAAACAGCGGAUAUCUGAACUUCUUCAUAUGCGUCCGGUUGGGGAUCUCUUCUGCGCGGAGACAGGGCAGAAGCUUCGAGACAUCACACAGUUUACCCAUGGUAUGCGGGUUGUGGCUACGCGAAGAGGGGGUCGCCCGUUUGAUACUCCAGCACCUAGCGUGGACGAGAAGCAACACCGCGCUCUUGUGGACCAUAAACCGAUGGGAAACACCUCAUCUUCGGUUGGAUUUGAUGAUUACAUGCAGCGGGCGAGCCGCGCCCUUGGAAGAACUAUGGGCUAUGAAGGAGCCACGAAUUCCACUGCUGUUGUUGCAGAACCUUCCAGGGAUGUGCCAGACACAUUUAUUGAUUCGCUGUCAGCUAAUGGUGCGGAUGUGUCUCCCAACACGACUUCAUCGGCAGAACAGCCAGAAGAGCAGACACAGCGUGGCGACUCAAAUACCAGCACAGGGGGUCUUUGCUUGCGGUUUACCACGUUGCGGACAUAG